AUCCGUUGAUCGAGCACGUGUGCGCUUUUCUAAAUCAUAAUUUGCAAAAAAUACAAAAUAUUUGGCGGUUUUCUUUGGAAAGUUUGAUGCCUAUGAACAGUAUUUGAUGUCACGCCUUCAUAUGACUUUUGUUUGAAUCAACAGACUAUGGGUAUAACAAAACAAUAUUUAAGGUUUGAACCUGGUGAUGUAUUUGGGUUGGUAGGAAGUUUAAAAUCUAAUAUAGUUUAUUUAGAAAUAAGUAGAAGUCAUGGUAAAUUUUGUGCUGUUGGAGCUUGUGAAAAUGUUAUUGUCUGGGAUCUGAAGACCAAAGAAAAGCAUUUGACCCUUCAAGGAGAGAAACAUGAAGUAACAAUUAUAAGUCCAUGUCCUGAUAAAAAGCACCUAGCUGUAGGUUAUAAUGAUGGAAUGGUUAGAGUCUUUAGCUUGAUCUCUAGAGAAUGUAUUUGUACAUUUAGUGGACAUAAAUCAGCUGUAUCAGCCUUGAAUUAUGAUGCACAGGGACUGCAACUUGUUUCUGGCUCAAAGGAUACAAAUGUUAUAGUAUGGGAUAUUGUUAAUGAAGCUGGUCUGUACAGAUUAAAAGGACAUAAGGGGCAGAUAACCCAAGCUGUGUUUUUGAGAAGGGAGAAUGUGCUCGUUAGCAGUUCCAAAGAUACUUACAUCAAGUUCUGGGAUUUAGACACACAACAUUGUUUCAAAACAUUGGUCACCCAUAGAUCAGAGAUUUAUGAUUUUGUAUUUGUGAGUGAUGAAAGUAGAUUAAUAACAGGAUCAGCUGAUAGUGAAUUGAGAGUAUGGACUAUAAAUUAUCAUGGUAAGAAACUAGAGGCAGAUGAAGGUGAUGAUGGUAAGAAGAUUGAUCUAGAUACUGAUAAUAUAGAAGAUGAUAUGAAUAUAUUGUCCUGUACCAAACUUGGAUCAGUUAUUCGUCAGUCUAGAACACAUGUGGUGUCUAUGGUAACAGAUAAACAUGAUAAAGUUUUAAUAUGUCAUGGUAAUGAUAAAAAAUUAGAAGUUUUCUCCUUGCCUAAUGAAGAGGAAUUAAAAAAAAGAUUAGCUAAGAAAAAAAAGAAAGCUAGAUUAAAGAAAAGUGAAGAUCCUUCAAUAAAUGAAGAUGAUGUUAGACUAGAAGCUAGUGAUUAUAUUAAACAAUUAACACAAGUAUUUUUACCUGCUAAAAUUAGAUCUGUAGACUUCCUUAUUGGUGAUACAGAAAUAAAGUUAUUAUCAUUAUUGACUAAUAAUAGUAUAGAAACAAGUUCACUGGAUAUUCAAGAAAAGAGUAGUCAGCGUGCAGACAUCAAUAGUCAUGUUUUACCAGGUCAUCGAACUGAUGUACGGGCAUUAUGUUUUAGUUCUGAUAACACUGCUAUAGUAACUGUCAGUGCUGAAUCAGCUAAACUAUGGAACAGAUCAUCUGUAAAAUGUAUACGUACCAUGACUUGUGAAUAUUCUGUAGCUUGUGUAUUUGCUCCUGGUGACAGGCAUAUUAUUCUGGGUACUAAGAGUGGCAAGUUACAGAUAUUUGAUAUAGCAUCUGGUGAUUUAUUAGAAGAUUUAGAAGCUCAUAAUGGAACAAUUUAUUCUAUUUCACUCUCACCAGAUAAGAGAGGAAUUCUUACUGGAAGUGCAGAUAAAACUGUUAAAUUCUGGAACUUUGAAUUUGUACAACAAGAAAAGACGUCCAGUACAAGCAAACACCUAACAUUACAACAUUCUAGAACAUUAAAGAUGGAUGAAGAAGUUAUGUGUGCUAAAUACAGCCCUGAUCAAAGAUUAUUUGCUGUUUCCUUACUAGAUAAUACUGUAAAGGUUUUCUUUGUUGAUACAUUAAAGUUUUUCCUGUCAUUAUAUGGACAUAAAUUACCAGUAUUAAGUUUAGAUAUAUCUACUGAUGGUACAUUGUUAAUAUCUGGUUCUGCUGAUAGAAAUAUUAAAAUCUGGGGUUUAGAUUUUGGUGAUUGUCAUAAAUCUAUCUUUGCUCAUGAUGAUAGUAUUAUGUGUGUACAAUUUGUACCAAAUACACAUCUGUUUUUCUCUGGUAGUAAAGAUAAGAAACUAAAACAAUGGGAUGCUGAUAGUUUUGAACAUAUUUUGACACUAGAGGGUCACCAUGCAGAGAUAUGGACAUUAGCUGUCAGUACCCGAGGUAAUUUUGUAGCCACUGCCUCUCAUGAUAAAUCAUUGAGAUUAUGGGAAAGAACACAAGAGCCUCUGAUUCUAGAAGAAGAAAGAGAAAUGGAAAGAGAAAAAGAAAUUGAUCAACAAGUUGGUCAGUCUGGAGAACCAGUGGUUGCUGGAGAAACUACCAAUGAAGUUGGUUUAGCUGGUAAAAAAUCUAUAGAAACUGUUAAAGCUGCAGAAAGAUUAAUGGAAGCUAUUGAAGUCUAUAAAGAUGAAAGUGGUAAAUUAGAAUUACACGAAGAAGAUUGUAAAAGAACUGGCAAACAGCUACCCAAGCCACCAAAACAUCCAUUAUUGAUAGCUUUCAACAGUGAAAGUCCUAAUCAUUAUAUGCUAGAUAGUUUGAAGAAAAUUAAAUCCAGUGAACUAGAAGAAUCAUUAUUAGUUAUGCCAUUCUCUUAUGUAACAGAUUUACUCAAAAUAUUAGACAAAUUCCUUACUUUUGGUUGGGAAACAGAAUUAGUUUGUAGAUGUUUAUUUUUUCUUCUAAGAGUACAUCAAGGUGAAAUAAUAAGUAAUCAGAUAUUAUUACCUAUAGUUGAUAGAUUACGUACCGUAACAUCUAAUAGAGUUAACCAGUUGAGGGACCAGAUAGGUUUUAAUAUGGCUGGUUUACAGUUUUUAAAAAGAAAAUUAGAAGAUAGAGAUGAAGUGAAAUUCUUUGCUGAUGCUACUACCACAAGGAAAAAGAAAAAGAAAAAAGCUGACAAAGUUAUUCUAGCUUUAAAAACUUGAUUUAUGAAAUAAAGUUUGAUAAUUAAACUGUUUUUUACAAAGAAUUGAUUGGGAUUCAAAUUAGGAUUAAUGCCAGCUUCAAUAAUAUUUCAGAAAAUGUUUGCACUUGAAGAUACAGUGGUGGGUGGAAAUGAAUGAAAUAACAUUUGCACUAAUUUUUAUUUCUAUAUAUAAUAAGUGUAGAAA